GGCCCCGCCGCGCGCUCCGCGAGACCCCGGGAAGUCCGCCCCGCCCGUGCGCCCCGCUCCAGUAGCGCAAACUGCCCGGACGAGAAGAUGGACUGGGGCACGUUGCAGACGAUCUUGGGGGGCGUGAACAAGCACUCCACCAGCAUCGGGAAGAUCUGGCUCACCGUCAUCUUCAUCUUCCGCGUCAUGAUCCUCGUGGUGGCCGCGAAGGAGGUGUGGGGAGAUGAGCAGGCCGACUUCGUGUGCAACACCCUGCAGCCCGGGUGCAAGAACGUGUGCUACGACCACUACUUCCCCGUGUCCCACAUCCGGCUCUGGGCGCUGCAGCUCAUCUUCGUGUCCACGCCGGCCCUGCUGGUGGCCAUGCACGUGGCCCACUACAGACACGAGAAGAAGAGGAAAUUCAUGAAGGGAGAGAUAAAGAGUGAAUUUAAGGACAUCGAAGAGAUCAAAAGCCAGAAGGUCCGAAUCGAAGGGUCGCUGUGGUGGACCUACACCGGCAGCAUCUUCUUCCGAAUCAUCUUCGAGGCCUCCUUCACGUACGUCUUCUACGUCAUGUACGACGGCUUCUCCAUGCAGCGUCUGGUGAAAUGCAACGCGUGGCCUUGCCCUAACACGGUGGACUGCUUCGUGUCCAGGCCCACGGAGAAGACCGUCUUCACGGUUUUCAUGAUCGCCGUGUCUGGAAUUUGCAUCCUGCUCAAUGUCACUGAAUUGUGUUACUUGCUGAUUAGAUAUUGUUCCAGAAAGUCCAAAAAACCAGUGUAACACGGUAGCCAGCUUUAGAUAAAAGAGGGCGUGAGAGGAUGGGGCAGUCUGUGCUCAGCUGUGGGGCACAGUCACCCGCGUCUCCCAGGUCCAGCGUCUCGUCUUCAAGGCCGCCUUUGACCCCCUGUAGGUCUCACGUGCGACCCCAGCUGCCCCCAGAGGCUGCCCUCCUGCGAGUGUCCGAGCCUCUGCUGCUCUCUGAAAUUGGCCCGGUGAGGCCCGAACCAACAGUACUUCCCUAUUUCAGACAAAGGAUACGGCGUUUGUCUUCCUUUCUUUGAGGAAAGGAGAGAAACGCCAGGGCCUGAAGACGACGCUGAGGUCUGCUUGAUCCCCUUAGGGCUACCUUUGCCAUUUCCCUUGAAUUAAAGGUAAACAUGAGAAUACUGGGUUUUUUA